AUGUCCAACGGUAUGCCACCUGAAACAUUGACACAUGCCUCCCCACAACGUCGCCAGAAUAGCAGCUGUGAUCCCUGUCGCCGAUCAAAGCGUCGCUGUACCUUUCCAUUGGUUAUGCUUGACAGCUCAAAUCCAGCCUGCACACAUUGCCAGCGCUUAGGCCAUACGUGCACUUUCAAUUUUGCUACAUCGCGCCUGAGCAAAAAGGCGAGCAGAAAGCAGCGAAAACGACCCGAUACUUCGGAUCAUAUAGCAAGCCAUUAUGACAUCCCAAGCAGAACGGGUGAUUUCGGCUCUCUAGAUGGUGGAGACUUGUUCGAACAGUGGCUCAAUAUUGACAAUGAUUCAUCAUAUAACGACGCAGAGUCAUCAAAUCAAAACUACCACACAGGGGAUUUCAUUUCUGGCCCGGAAUAUGCGUCAACAGACGGGUAUCAAUCUGGCAAUCAAACCACCUUAGCUUCGAACCACCUACGCAAAGAGCGCUCCGUCUUACCUUUGAGUGCAAGAUCUUUAUCUUUACUUGGGGUCUCACGACGCAGCCCGAUAUAUCUGUUGAACUCGAAGCUCGAUGCAACAAUAUUGGACGCGCGUCUAGCACGAAUAUUCAACAUAAUUGUCGAUGGAUGCGCGUCAAGAUAUCUAGACUACAAUUGCAAUUUAUACGCAACGCAGAAUCGGUAUCAGAUAGAAGACAGCACCACUUCUACUAGUUCCGCCUCGCCGGAAUCAGAAGUUGCUCUAGCUGAGAGUGGUGGGGACCUUAUACCUUCAGACUCACCGCGUCAAAGCAAUGCUUCUUCUAUUCCACCGCAGCUUAAUGCGGGCCGGCUGUCAAGCACGUCGGCUGAUCAGGGAGAUGCCUACAAUAUAACCUUGAUCGGGUCUGCGCGGUUUUUGGAUCAUCUCGCAGGCCUCUACGGUAAUAAGUUAGAACUUGCUGCGCGCAACCAGUCAGACGCAGCUUUGUAUGCUGUUCUUCGAGUGUUUGCACUCCAAUGGAUACCCUUACCUCAACCCUCGUCGGAUACUCGACCACCAUCUGAUCGUGAUUCGUGCUUGGAAACGUACAUCAAUGCUUGGUUCAAUGCGAGAUCCCAAAUAAUGGCUAGCCAGCAUAUCCGAUCAUUUAGGGUUGUGCUUGCAAUUCUCUUGUUUGAUGGCACUGCUAUCCCGAUGAAAGCUCACGCCAGUUUGGGAUUCACCGGUAUCGAGCAUGAGUUUCUUGACAUUGGCCUUCAAACUCUUUCCACUUUGGAUAAACUCGUCAUGCAAUACUGUGCUACGUUAGGUCCCUUUUCCAGAUAUGCUGCUCUUGCAGAGGCCAGUCUAAGCCUAGUUCGUUGGUGCGGAUAUAUACGUGAUUUAGGAGCAGCACUCACCGCCAGUCAUGAGUGCAAGCUUCCGGCUAUUUUAGCUCGUGGGAAAGUACAGCCUGUCUACCAUGAUCUAGACAGCAAGGACCAUUCGAUCUGCCAUGGAGCAACUGUGCGGUCUUUCUGUAUCUGGCGGCAAAUUAUCGAUGUUAGGGGAGCUCUUCAGAAGCUAGAUCAUAUGACCUCCGGCAUUCCAAACAAAACUUCCGAAGCGAUACACGAGGUAGUGAAGGCUGUUCAAGAUUUUCAUGAUACUUAUCAGCCUUUCAUGCAGGACUGCACCAAAUCUUUUGAAAGUCUUUCUCUUGCUCGGAAAGUAUCUAUCGCUUCUAUGAUCUCAUUCUGGAGUCUUGGUGUACUUGUACUCGCGGACUCACUUUUGCCAUUCAUCGAAGAUAUCAAUCAGUUCUGUGAUUCAAGUAUCUUCCCACAGUUACAGUUGUGCCGCCAAGUCGCUGUUUCAUCUAUGACGCAUAUAAUCCAGGCCGUGUCUGCACUACCGAAUGAGGCUGGUUUCAAUAUUCAGAACAGCCUUGGUUCCGAGACUCCUAUCAUUGCAUAUCAUGUUACACCUAGUCUCAUGACUUCAGCACUUGCAAAGGCUGUGGAGCAUAGUAUAGAUUUGCACGUUAUGAAUGCCUAUAGCUUGGAAGAUCCGAUAGUCGAGACGAACUUUCUUGGCUACGACGAUGCUGGGAAUGGCAGAAUCGACGCAUUGAUCAAAGCGCUUCUUUCUCUCGAUGUAUCGAUCGGAGGAUCUCAGACGGCCGGUGUGGCUUUUCAGUCCUUGAUGGAGACAUAUGGGGAUAUCAUAUCUGAAUAUUGGUCUUGUGAUGGUAGGUAG